AUGUCGGACACUGGUGCGCACAAGAUUCAAUUGGCAAGCAAGGUGAAGCGUGAAAACAUGCAGUGUGGUGUACAAGACGAUGUUGGUAUCCUUACGAGCAAGCCCAGCACUACAUUAGAUAAAAGAGUCUUUGGGCAACACCGCCAUAUAACUAACGUUAAAGAUGUUUACAAACCAUGGCUGACAACAGACGAGACAAGAUAUAACGAAGUACUKUUUACUGUUGAUAAGGAAAUUUUUAACGCGUUUAAAAGAGAUAGGAACUACACGAUUCAAAGAGUGAUGUCUUUGAGCAACACCUUGGACGCAAUUUACCAGCAGAUCAAUAUACGUAUUGUUAUGAAAGCAAUAGAUAUCUGGACRRAAGRUGAUGGCUGGAAYCGUACAUUAGGAGAUCUUUCUAAUUAUGGAACAUACUUGGAUGGUAUUCGAAUGAAGAUACCUCAUGAUAAUGCUCAUUUUCUUAGCCAUAAGGGCUGGCCUGGUGCUGCUGGAUGGGCGUAUGUUGGAGCUAUGUGUGGAUCUGAUUCAUAUGGGAUUAAUCACUGGGAUUUUGGCAGCAUUAUCGGUCCAUACAUCGUCGUUGGUCACGAAAUGGGACACAACUUUAAUUUUCCUCAUUCUUACGACAAAAAAGAGUGUUAUUGUUAUUCACCGAAAGGAUGCAUGAUGCAAUUUUAUCCAAGUCCAAAGAUCGUUGGCUUCACGAACUGUAGUCUUAAUGCUUUGAAAAGAGUCAACGACAGGUGCCUAUACAAUGUGCCAACCAAGGCAAUCAAUUCUUACUGUGGCAAUGGAAUACGUGAAGGCGACGAGGAGUGCGAUUGUGGAACACCAGAGGUAAUACCCGGGAUCCCUGAUCACCGAUAUCAACUUUUGAUGGGGUUUUAG